AUGUCAGUUGUCAUUACCAAGAAACUGACGGGUUAUGAUAACCCACACUUGUUCCUUGACAGUUUAUCAGCAUCCCAUCUCCUCUCUUUUAGUUCCAUCUCUAGUUCCAUCUACCCUUACCGGGGGGAGUACUCUGGGAUCGGGCAGAAAUUCCGAGCUCGUAGCCCUCCACCCGGACAGCACGCCAAUUUUCAACACCAGGGCGGGACGGGAGUGACAGACCGCUUAUUCUUGGCAGGCCAGGGUGAAGCAGCCAUCCCGGCCAGGGCGUUGAAGACCCCUCGGGUGGCCAGGGCGGUGAAGACCCCUCGGGCGGCCAGGGCGAUGAAGACCCCUUGGGCAGCAAGGGCGGUGACUCCAGAACAGGCACUGGCUCCAGCUCCGGCUCUGGAGCAGACUCUGGCUCAGGAACAGCCACCAGAAAAGCAAUGGCCACUAGAACAGACAAAAACAGACUCUAACUCCGAUUCAGUAACAGGCACUGGCUCAAGCUCCGGAACAGGCUCCGGCUCAGGAACAGCCAUCAGAACAGCAACGACCUCUAGGACAGACACAAACACAGAAACAGACGCUAGCUCUGAUUCAGGAACAGACACUGACUCCGGAUCUGGAACAGGCACUGGCUCUGGCUCUAGGACAGGCACUGGCUCCAGCUAA